CGGACGCAAAAUGUGAGCACAUAAAGUUUGGUGACAUUUAGCAACUAGAACACUUUCACGGACACUCAUUAUCCAAAGGUUCCUAAAGAGAAGUAGCUACAAUCGCUUCUUCAAAAGUAACUUCGUUCAUAAGUAACUCUGCUUUCCGAAGGACUAUUCUUUGUCAUCGUAUUUUUGUUUUGGACUCCGUGUUUUUAAAGUGGAACACGUUCUUUCGUUAUUUUUUUUUAUUUUUUCAAAGUCAUGUUUAUUAUUCUGUUUACUAUGUUUUUCCAUUGCUUGGGGAUAUAACAAGGAAGCCGUUUUUGAAAAACUGCUUUUGGAAUGUAUCUGCCUUUUUAAAUGCUGUGAUAUAGCCUACUUUGGCGUUUGCAAAGAAACAUUUCGAACAGUUUCUCGUUUUUUUGUGAUUGAUUUUUUUGUGUGAAAUGCCUACACUGUUGCUUUUCUAACAGGUGCGCCAAAGCUUUUCUUGGAGCUGGGGCUGUUUAUAGCAUCACUAUCACGUAACGUUGCAUUUGGAUGCACAUGUGUUUUUUAAAUCAUAGACAGUAAGCGGCACUUGAACCCUGCGAUGCAUAAGUUCUGCCUCACCGUACUGCUCGUGCUGCGCGGACUCCUCAUCUGCUUCUGUUCCUGCGAUGAACCGCAGCACCCUGGACUCUACAAGGACACGACUGUGACCUCAACAGAUCCAUGUCUGCAGGUGAGCCCUCCGUGCAUGACUGAGGCUGACCGCUUCAGCCUGGAGGCUCUUCAGCACAUCCACAGAGAGAUGGAUGAUGAUCAGGAUGGAUGCAUUGAGGUGGAGGAGAGUGUUGAGUUCAUCAUUGAAGAUAUGCAGCAGCAACAACAGGCAAACAAACACAGUAAACUCCAUCACGAGGACCAGCAUAUCACUUUGGAGGAGCUUUGGAAGAGCUGGAAAUCUUCUGAGGGUAAGAUGGUCUCCAUGAUUGAGUCUUGCCAUGUUUCAAUGUAA